CCCGCGACGCGCGCUGCUCUGCUGAAAGCCCCGGCUGACCCAGGGCGCCUGCGCGGCCAAAAGUGCCUCGGUCUCCCGGCGACGCGGCGCCUACCCGCUUGCUCUUCGUAGCAGCUCCUCGCCCGGACGUGUGAGGGGCUGAUUGGCGGCCAUGCCUUGGCUGCUCUUGGCCCCCCGGCUCGGGCCCGUCGCCCGGAGUGCCCGCGGCCUCGCAGGGUGCACAUCUUGUUUACAGAGGAGGUUCUCCCUCCAGCCCAUCCCAGAGAGGAAGAUGCCCAGCCGCUACCUAGGCCAGCCCAGCCCCUUUACACACCCACACCUUCUCAGACCAGGCGAGGUGACUCCAGGACUGUCCCAAGUGGAAUAUGCCCUCCGCAGGCACCGACUGAUGGCUUUGAUCCAGAAAGAGGCCCAAGGCAAGGGGGGGACUGACCAAGCAGUGAUACUGCUCUCCAAUCCCACAUUCUACAUGAGCAAUGACAUCCCCUACACGUUCCACCAGGACAACAACUUCCUGUACCUUUGUGGAUUCCAGGAGCCCGACAGCAUUCUGGUCCUUCAGAGCCUCCCUGACAAGGAGCUCCCAGCUCACAAGGCUGUGCUCUUUGUUCCCCGGAGGGAUCCCAGCCGAGAGCUCUGGGACGGGCCACGGUCAGGGGCUGACGGAGCAGUGGCUCUCACUGGUGUGGACGAAGCCUUCCCUCUGGAGGAGUUCAAGCAUCUGCUCCCCAAACUGACAGCGGAGACAAGUACAGUGUGGUACGACUGGAAUAAGCCGUCACACUCGCAACUGCAUUGCGACUACAUGCACCCUCUGACCGAAGCCAAAGCCAGGAGCAAGAACAGGGUGAGGACUGUCCAGCACCUGGUGCAGCACCUCAGGCUUAUCAAAUCCCCCGCCGAGAUCGCUCUCCUGCAGGGGGCUGGCCGGCUGACAUCACAGUUUGAAUUUGAGUGCCGGGCUCGGGGUGCAGACAUCUUGGCCUACCCUCCUGUGGUCGCUGGUGGCAACCGGUCUAAUACUUUGCACUACGUAAAGAACAACCAAAUUAUUAAGGAUGGGGAGAUGGUGCUACUGGACGGAGGCUGUGAAUUUUCUGGCUAUGUGAGUGACAUUACCCGAACGUGGCCUGUCAACGGAAGGUUCUCUGCAGCCCAGGCAGAACUCUAUGAAGCUGUGUUGGACAUCCAGAAGGCUUGUCUGGCCCUCUGCUGUCCUGGGACAAGCCUGGAGAACAUCUACAAUCUCAUGCUGAAUCUGAUAGGACAAAAGCUCCAGGAGCUCAGGGUGCUGACAAGACUCAGAGCCGACAACAUCUUUAAGGCCGCUCGGAAAUACUGCCCCCAUCACGUGGGUCAUUACCUUGGCAUGGAUGUCCAUGACACCCCGGAUGUGUCACGCUCACUCCCUCUCCAGCCGGGCAUGGUGGUGACAAUCGAGCCAGGCAUCUAUAUUUCCGAAGAUGACCGUGAUGCCUGUGAGAGGUUCCGAGGCCUCGGCGUGCGCAUCGAGGAUGACGUGCUGGUGACCCAGGACUCGCCACUCAUCCUGUCUGCAGAUUGCCCUAAAGAGCUGCGCCAUAUUGAGCAGAUCUGUGACCGGGGCUCCUGACCGCAGUCCUGAGCCCCCAUAUCCAUGCACACCCACCUCCUCCAGGGUCCCCAUUAUACUGCCUCGCAUCUGCUGGCUCGGGGUGGACAUGCGUGGACACGGGCGUAUACAUGCAGGUCACAGACUUCCUUGCUCAGGAGUUGGCGAACGAGGUCUCGGCCGGACAGCGUCCCUUUAUUCUUGGGAAGCCCGAGGAGGGAAAAGGACGACCUGUAUACACUAUACACGUUCAGUGGCUGGGCAAGUGCAAGUUUUCAGAAUGAAGGGGUGGGGAGGUGCCCCUCUCCCCUUGGCUGUAAUGAAUAAACCGUUUUAAAGGGCAGAAAAAA